CGAUUUGAUUACUAAAUCUAGCAUUGAAACAUCUCGGAUCAGUGCGCGCCGCCGCGCCGCCACCAAGGGAAGAGCAGCCGAGCACGGAAACACCGAUCGUCACAAAUGAACCCAGACAGAGAUUUCCAGGCGAUGAGGAAGCAUGAGAGGGCCCAUUUCUUCAGCUCCAAAGAGCAGGACCUCAUUCUGAGACUGUAUGAAGAAGAGAGAGAGAUAUUAACAGCUAAGUCCAACACCACCAGCGCCUCCAAACUGAGGGAGGAAGCCUGGCAGAGGAUCGCUGACAGGAUCAAUGAAGUGUCUGACAGUGGCUACAAGAGGACAUGGCAGCAGGUGAAAGUCAAACACAAGAACAUCAUGCAAACAGCGAAAAGGAGACGGGCUGAGAUGAUGAGAAAUAUGUCUGAGUCAGCGACGCCGUCCCUGACCUCCGCUGAGGAGGACAUGCUGCUCCACGAGGACAAGCUGAGGCUGGAUAUCCUCCCAGUGGCUCCCGGCAUUGAUCAGAUCAGCGGCUCCGACAACUCAUUCAUGGAUGCAGCGCCGGGCCAUCCCGUCCUCUUCCUGCCUCCCGUAACGAAGACCGAACCAGAGAGCCUGAGCAGCGACGAGACCGACGUCAGCGAAACCAACUUUGAAAUUGACAUGAGCAACAGCGGCUUCCAGGAGAAGCCGGACUCAGCACGUCCUGCAGCUGGUGGCAAAAGUGCAGCGAAACACACGGAAGACGUGCGUGAACUUUACUGCUCCUACCUCAAGAAGGAGAUGGAGAACCGGGACCAGGAGAUGGCCUACAGAGCUCUGAAGAUGAGAAAAGUGGAGAAAGAAAUCCUACUGCUUGAUAAGCAGCUGAUGUGACGUACCAACAUUAACUUCAUCUUUAGAAACCGUCAGUCGUCUCCAUCGCUUCAUCCCGCCCCGAUGGCGACGGUGUGAAAGCAGACUCACCUGAACAGUUCAGCCGGCCAUCACAGGACAGACACGCUCCGCUCUGCGAACCUCAGAGCGGAGCAGACACUGGGGAGUUUCUCACUGUGAAGCAUUUUGAUAAACACUACAUGCAGAACAUGUUACAAGCUAAAAGGAUUGGUUUUUUUUUAGGGUGGUUUGUUUCAGUCACAUGCUCUGUCAGGCAGCAGUGUUUCCUGUCAUCCUUCCGGUUGAUUUUAGAACCAUGUGGUGCCAUCCACGUCUCGGGUUGACAGCACUGCGUCAGGAAGCAGGAUGUGAGCUAUCAAAGCAAUCGGCAGGUUGCGGCUGUACCCAGAGCGCUGCAUUAGUUGUCCAAAAUGUAUUUCAAUCUCCACAAUCAGUGGAUUGAAUAAUCCAGUGAUUGUUGGGCAUUUCUAAAUCUGAUAUUUAUUUUCUUUUUUUUUAUUACCUGCAUUGAUCCCAUUCUCUACUGGUAGAAGUUAUCAGCUCCAGAAUGGUCCUGAUGAUAAUUUAACAAAAAAAAAAAAAACUAUUAGAUGAAAUUUUAUUUAACUUUUUAAGUCAGCGCCCUCAAGGAAAUUAAGCUGGAUAUACAGAAACGGAUGGAAUUAGAACCUCACCCUCUCAUCAAGGUAAGUAAUGAGUAAACUUUUAUAACACAAUGAAACUAAAACAAUGAUUUGGAUCCGAUGUAAAAGAAGUGUUUACAUAUGAAGAAGUCCAGUAAUCAUCCUGAUACAGUGUCUGUUUGGGUUUUGUUGAUGUGAAACUCAAAUGAUCAAAUCCCUGCUGUGGUUUGAUUAUUGUGGAGACAAAACAAAUGAGAAGAAUUGUGGACAUUUAUAUUUAGGUCAGUUUUCAAUUAUUAUUUGGUUGGUAAAAAUGAUCAAACACCUCUUCCCGCCUCUGCUCCUGCUUUGACUUCUUUUCAGGUUUUAAAGAAUGAAAUGCUUACUCAGAUAGCAUUCAGAUAUUUUACACCGUUUCCUUUGCAUUUAAAGGUGCUGUAGGCAGGAUUUUGCUAGU